AUGAGUCUGUUCCACGUGCUAGGGUUUGGGGUGAAGAUUGGGCAGCUCUUGUGGAUGCUAUGCUGCUGGUUCGUUUCCUGGUUUAUUGAUGGUGGAAUUGAGGACAAGCCUGGUCUUCUGAUUGGCUCUGUCGGUGAUCCAUCACCACCUGAGAAGACGAAGAUGACGACGACGAUGAAGAAGAAGAGCAAGCUGUGUUUCUGGAGCAAGAUCUUCAAGAUCCCGAGUUUCUCUCACCACUUUCUUGGCUCCGUUAGGUUCGGGAAGACGUGGUGGAGGAAGGUGGUGGUGGCGUGGGUCGUCUUCUGGGUCUUGGUGUCUUUCUGGACCUUCUGGUACUUCAGCUCUCAAGCUAUGGAGAAGAGGAAAGAAACGCUGGCUAGUAUGUGCGACGAGAGAGCCCGGAUGCUGCAGGAUCAGUUCAACGUUAGCAUGAAUCAUGUGCAAGCCAUGUCUAUCUUGAUCUCCACCUUCCAUCACGGCAAGAUUCCUUCUGCUAUCGAUCAGAGGACAUUCUCAGAGUACACUGAUAGAACUUCGUUCGAGAGGCCACUCACGAGCGGGGUCGCAUAUGCAAUGAGGGUGCUCCAUUCAGAGAGGGAAGAGUUUGAGAGGCAACAAGGUUGGACUAUUAGGAGGAUGGAUUCUCUUGAACAAAAACCAGUCCACAAGGAUGAUUAUGACCCUGAAGCCUUGGAACCAUCCCCUGUUCAAGAGGAGUAUGCUCCAGUCAUCUUUGCUCAGGACACGGUUUCCCAUGUGGUUUCUCUCGACAUGCUGUCUGGGAAAGAAGAUCGUGAAAACGUAUUGCGGGCCAGGAAAUCAGGUAAAGGGGUUUUGACAGCUCCUUUCCCAUUGAUAAAGACAAAUAGACUUGGAGUGAUCUUGACUUUUGCUGUCUACAAGAGAGAUCUCCCCUCCAAUGCAACGCCGAGAGAGAGAAUCGAGGCGACUAAUGGGUAUCUUGGUGGAGUGUUUGACAUUGAGUCCCUGGUGGAAAAUUUGCUGCACCAGCUGGCGAGCAAGCAAACGAUUCUUGUCAAUGUAUACGAUACUACCAAUCACUCUCAACCAAUUAGCAUGUAUGGUUCAAAUGUGUCGGCUGAUGGGUUGGAACUCAUUAGUCCACUGAAUUUUGGCGAUCCUUUUAGAAAGCAUGAAAUGCGUUGCAGAUUUAAGCAGAAACCACCUUGGCCGGUUCUAUCAAUGGUGACAUCUUUUGGAAUCCUUGUGAUUGCACUGCUUGUUGCACAUAUAUUCCAUGCGACCGUGAGUCGGAUAAACAAAGUUGAAGAAGAUUGUAAUAAAAUGGAGAGGCUCAAGAAAAAGGCUGAAGCAGCGGAUGUUGCAAAGUCGCAGUUCCUUGCAACUGUGUCACAUGAAAUCAGAACUCCAAUGAAUGGUGUUCUUGGAAUGUUGCAUAUGCUUAUGGACACAGAGCUAGAUGUCACGCAACAGGAUUAUGUUAGGACCGCACAGGCAAGUGGCAAAGCUCUAGUCUCGCUAAUAAACGAGGUUUUGGACCAAGCAAAGAUUGAAUCUGGAAAGCUUGAGCUUGAGGAGGUGCGUUUUGAUUUGAGAGGAAUAUUAGAUGAUGUCCUCUCACUCUUCUCUGGCAAGUCACAACAAAAAGGAGUUGAGUUGGCAGUAUACAUAUCUGAUCGUGUUCCUGAAAUGUUGAUUGGUGAUCCUGGGAGGUUUCGACAAAUACUCACAAAUCUUAUGGGUAAUUCCAUUAAGUUCACUGAGAAAGGACACAUCUUUGUAACUGUUCAUUUGGUGGAGGAGCUAUUAGACUCCAUUGAUGCAGAGACAGCAUCAUCAUCUCCGGAAAGUACACUGAGCGGGCUUCCAGUUGCAGAACGGAAGAGGAGCUGGGAAAACUUUAAAGCUUUCAGCUCCAGUGGGCAUCAGAGCUUUCCAUCUGAUAUAAACCUAAUCGUCUCAGUUGAGGAUACUGGCGUAGGGAUCCCUUUAGAAGCGCAGUCCCGUAUCUUCACACCUUUCAUGCAAGUUGGACCAUCGAUAUCCAGGACGCAUGGAGGCACAGGAAUCGGUCUCAGCAUAAGCAAAUGUCUGGUUGGACUGAUGAAAGGAGAGAUUGGAUUCUCGAGCACUCCCAAGGUCGGGUCGACGUUCACAUUCACUGCUGUGUUCGCCAAUGGUAUGCACACAGCUGAAAGAAAGAGCGACCCGCAGAGCAACAACCAGCCCAUGUUCUCGGAGUUUCAGGGCAUGAAAGCUGUGGUUGUGGACCACAGGCCUGCCAGGGCGCAAGUCUCGUGGUACCAUUUCCAGCGCCUUGGGAUCCGAGUGGAAGUAGUUCCACGUGUUGACCAGGCUCUGCGGUUUAUGAAGAAUGGGACUACCGCUGUGAAUAUGAUACUCAUAGAGCAAGAAAUAUGGAAUAGGGAAGCAGAUGCGUUCAUUAAGAAGCUACAGAAAGACCCUCUAGUCCGUUCUCCUAAGUUGAUUCUGUUAGCAAACUCAAUAGAGACGUCAGUGUCAGAUACUUUAAGCAGCGGUGUAGAUCCUCCAAUGGUGAUAGUGAAACCAUUGAGGGCGAGUAUGUUGGCAGCGACUUUACAGAGGGGGUUGGGUAUUGGGAACAGGGAAACUCCUCAACACAGAGGACCUCCUGCUUUGGUUCUGAGGAAUCUUCUCCUUGGCAGGAAGAUAUUAAUCGUGGACGACAACAAUGUAAACCUGAGAGUGGCAGCAGGAGCUCUGAAAAAGUAUGGAGCUGACGUGGUGUGUUCAGAGAGCGGGGUAAAGGCAAUCUCGUUGCUUAAGCCACCCCACGAGUUCGAUGCUUGCUUCAUGGACAUUCAGAUGCCAGAAAUGGAUGGGUUUGAGGCGACGAGGAGAAUAAGGGAGAUGGAAGAGGAGAUGAACAAGAGAACGGACAGCAGCAAAGCAAGGUGGCAUCUCCCGGUAUUAGCAAUGACCGCAGACGUGAUUCAAGCGACGCAUGAGGAAUGUCUAAAGUGUGGAAUGGAUGGCUAUGUGUCAAAACCCUUUGAAGCAGAGCAGCUCUAUCGGGAAGUCUCUCGCUUCUUCAAUUCACCUUCAGAUACAGAGUCAUGA